CGGUCGCUCCCUUAUAACAAAAACGGAACCAGGCCGCUCUAGCCUCCCCCUGACGGCGAUGACCGGAAGUGAUGUAUUAAAAGCGGGACACGUGUGCCGCGCGGCGGAAGUAGCUCGGGAAAAGUUUAGCGGUGUUGCCCGCAGCGGCUGCAUGGUGGGAACUGGGAGAUGGGGAAACAGAAGAAAGCACGGAAAUAUGCUGCCAUGAAACGCAUGAUCAGCCUUCGUGAUCAGCGCAUUAAAGAGAAAGACCGAGCAAAACGUAAAGAAAAGAAGAAAGAAGAUCCCAGUGCCAUCAAGGAGACAGAAGUCCCCAAAUAUCCUUCGUGUUUAUUCUUCCAAUAUAACACACAACUAGGACCUCCAUAUUACAUCUUAGUGGAUACCAAUUUUAUUAAUUUUUCCAUUAAAGCCAAAUUGGAUCUAGUGCAAUCAAUGAUGGAUUGUCUCUAUGCCAAAUGCAUUCCUUGUAUCACAGAUUGUGUCAUGGCUGAAAUUGAGAAACUGGGACAGAAGUACCGUGUAGCUUUAAGGAUAGCAAAAGAUCCCCGAUUUGAGCGAUUGCCAUGUACUCACAAAGGAACUUAUGCUGAUGACUGUUUGGUACAGAGGGUCACCCAGCACAAAUGUUACAUAGUGGCUACUGUAGACAGAGACCUGAAGCGAAGAAUACGAAAGAUCCCAGGAGUACCAAUAAUGUAUAUAUCCAAUCACAGGUAUAACAUUGAGCGGAUGCCUGAUGAUUAUGGAGCUCCUCGAUUUUAAAUAUGAUAGAAAAAAUGCCUGCCAUGUUGAAUUCCAGAACACUGAGCCAGUUAUAAUGAAGUUAUAAUCUGGGUUCAUUUCUUAUAGUGCUUGGAAUUUGAACUAAUUCGUUAAAUCUCUUUCAGAUAAAAUGGACAUUCUAUUCCAGGGGUGUCAAAGUCAUGUCGUCACGGCAGCGUCAUGUGACGUAUCAGGAGUUUUUUCCCCUUUGCUAAACCAGGCAUGGGCGUGGCCAGUGCGUGACGCAGCCAGCCCACGGGCCAGGAGUUUGACAGCCCUGUUCUAUUCCAUGUUCUGGGAUCUAGUAUAAACAUUUGUACUGCUUGUAAAUGUGUUUCUGAGAAUUUCUUCUUUAUUAUUAAGAAAUUUUCUCAUGAUAUAGCCAUUUUACAAAUGUUCAAUAUUCAUAUAUGAAUUGUUGAAGGGAGCAUUUCUACAGGAUUUAUGCAGAAAUUCAAACACUUGCUUAAAAUUGUCAAAACACUCAAUAUUUUGAAAUUUGGGUGCAAAACCCUCUAUUCCAUACAUAAUUAAUAAUUUAAUAUAAGUGGAAAAUUACAAGUAUUGAUCCUGGCAUUAAUUCUAAUAUGAAGAAACCAAUUUGUAUAUAAAUAAAAAUUUCCAAACCUAAAAUAGUUGUGUUCAACACAGGCAGUUUGUAAAGAAAAAAGUUUUUAAAAGUGACCCUUUCAAAUAUUAUAGAAAUGAAAAUAAUUACAAGAACAUCUAUCCUAUAACAUAGUGUUUAUAUUUUAGAAAAUAUUAAACAAUGGUAUAAAAUUGUACAGAUAACUUUUUCAUUCAUAAUACUAAAUAAUUCAGUAAAACAAAGGUUUAGAUUUUGUUAAAAAUUAUUUCUGUGAUGACAAUAGAAGACAAAACAAAAGGGGAAAAAUUGAAAUUAAAUGUAGUUACUAAAGAAAGCUGUUUUGUUAAAGAUAAGGCCUGCAUGCAAAAACAAUUGUUUUUCAAAAGGCAGAUAUAUUUGCUGUAUAACAUGCAGACGGAAAUUAAAUAAUUUUUUUCUCUGAAAACCACUGUCAGCAUCUUAAAGCUAUGGAUUAAAAAUGUCUUCCCACAUCAUACCUUUUUUCACAAUACAA